AUGCUGUCCCGGCUCAAGCGCAAGCCCCCAUCGAGCGGGUCACCAGGCCCAGACUCGCCCCAGUCGGUCCAGCUCGAGCACGACGACCACGCUCCUCCUCCUCCCUCCUCGGCAUCGUCCCCGCCCUCGAGUCGCACCUCGCACCAGCAGCGCAGCUACACGACGCCCGUCAAGGGCAGGACACAAGGUCACCUAUCGACCGACCUCGCUGUCCCCAACCCGCCAUCGCGCCUACACCCUCGUCCGCCUCGCCCCGACGACCACGCCCUCGUGCGUCGCCCCACCUCUCGCGCCUCGUCGUUCGGCUCGGCACACCUCGACCGCCCCUCGUUCGACUCGCCCUCGACUGCAACACACGCCAUCGGCGAGGGCUCCCUCUCGCUCCACCACCUCGCCCCGCCGCCCUCGCACCCCUCGUCCUCGUUGACCACGACCGGCGCCGGCCUCACCCUCGUCGUCCAGGCACCAGAACUCGCAGCCCACUCGGCAUCGUCGAGGGACGGCCACGACCACUACGACUACCACCUCCACCCCGACGCAGACCACGACAUCGAGACCCCGACCUCGUACUCGGACCACCGCACCCCACUCGCCUCGCACGAGCCCUUGUUCGACCCGACGGCGACGACGCUCGGCAGCAGCACCCACUCGCAGCCCCUUCCCGACGCGCUGUCGUCGUCGUCGUCGCUUUCGCCCGUCCACGCCCGCCCUCGGUCCCACACCUCGUCCGAGGCCGUCCUCCGCAGCGCCCCUCUCGCGGCGGCCCGCCACCCCCACAACGGCCUCGACGCGCUCGAGGCCAUCAAUCGCGGGCCCAGCUCGCGCUCGGGCGCCCCGGCGGCGGCGGCGGCGAGGUCGGGCUCGGGCUCGGGCACCGGCCCUGGCACGGGCUCGGGCAGCGGCACGGCCUCGCCGCCGUCCAUGUCGCGCGCGUCGUCGCGAGGCGCAGCUCCAGCCGGGCUCGGCAGCAGGCCCGUCAGCCGCUCCAACAGCAUCAACUCGCAGCACCCGCACCCGCACCCGCCGCCGCCGCCGCACCAGGGCGAGCCGCACCUCGCCGCGAGCGCCCUGCGGCUCGGCUCGGCGGCGAGCGGCGCGCGCUCGUACUCGCCUGCUCGGGGCCGCAAAGCCGGCUCGGGCUCGUCCAACGGCGGCGGCGGCGGGCCGUCGGCCAAGGGCGGCAUCGCCGGCGCGCUCGCGCUCAGCGGCGUGUCGCUCGCGACGCCGGGAGGGGCACGUCCGCCGGGCGUCGCGCUCGGCGCCGGGCUCAUGGCUGCUGCUGUUGCGGCAGGGGCGGCAGGGGCGGGCGAGGGCGAGCGCGAGAGGGCGCCGGCGAGCCCGGGCGCAGGCGCGGCGGCUGGCUCGCCGACGCACGUCGCGCCGCCGCAGGCGAGCGCGAGGACGUCGCUCGAGUCGCACAUUGCGGCUGCGGCGGGUGCGCCGUACCACGCCAACGGCGGCGGCGGCGCAGGCUACGAGUCGGACGGCGCCGGGUCGUCGUCCGUCUACCUCGGGCACCACGGCGACCACGCGAGCGCGUUCCUGUCGAUGGACCACCUCGGCGACUACGACGACGUCGUGAGCCAGCUCGGGACGGGCUACGCCGUCGCGAGCAGCAAGCGCAACGCCGACUUUCACGCCCUGUUCAAGAACGUGCCCGACGACGACUACCUCAUCGAGGACUAUGGCUGUGCGCUGCAGCGCGAGAUCCUCAUCCAGGGCCGGCUCUACAUCUCGGAGCAUCACCUGUCGUUCUACGCCAACAUCUUUGGCUGGGUCACCUCGCUCGUCAUCCCGUUCUCCGAGGUGUGCUCCAUCGAGAAGCGCAUGACGGCCUACGUGAUCCCCAACGCCAUCCAGGUCGCCACCAUGCACGCUCGUCACACGUUCGCGUCGUUCCUGUCGCGCGACACGACCUACGACCUCAUCGGCAACAUCUGGCGCAUGAUCCACCCGGUCAUCCCGCUCUCGGCGGCGCUCCCCGACGCCCUCAGUACGUCGACGUCGCGCACGGGCCACGAGCACGAGAGCGACGACGAGUCGAGCCCGGUCGGCGGCGGCGGUGGGCUCUCGGCGGCGACGGCCGUCAGCGCUAGCGGCGUCGAGGUGUCGCAGAGCAACGAGGGGGUCGGGAGCCGGGCCAAGCGGCGGCUCAAGGGCCUGAGGAAGCGCGGCGGGAUGGGCGAGAGCGCGCAGGGCGGCAAGGCGGUCGUCGACGGGGGCGUGCGCUCGUCGCCCGGCGGCGGUGGAGGUGGGGCAGCGGCGAGGGCGUCGGGCGGCGCGCAGGACCGCGUCGACGGCGACGACGACGACGAGGGAGGGGCGGCCGGCAACAAGAAGAAGAAGAAGGGCGGCGGCGCCGCGACGCCGCCUCACGCGCCGACGAUCGACACGUGCCCGACGCUCAAGAACCUCAAGGAGGUGUGCAUGGACGCCCAGUUCCCGGGCGCGCCGGAGAAGAUCUACAACCUCAUGUUCACGAGCGGGUUCAUGAAAGGAUUUUGGACCGAGAACCAGAAGCUCAUGGAGAUCCAGAUCGGCGACUGGGCGCCUCAAGCCUCUGGGUCCAACCUCCUCGCGCGCUCCAUGUCGUACAUCAAGCCCCUCAACGGCUCGAUCGGGCCCCGCCAGACCAAGUGCCUCAUCACCGACGAGUCGGCGCACGUCGACUUUGACGACUUUGUGUGCGUCGUCACGACGACGAGGACGCCCGACGUGCCGAGCGGGAGCGCCUUCUCGGUCAAGACGCGCACGAGCAUGACCUGGGCCAAGGGCAACCUCUGCCGGGUCGUCGUCACGACAGGCGUCGAGUGGACCAAGAGCAGCUUCAUCAAGGGCAUCAUCGAGAAGUCGGCGAUCGACGGCCAGAAGCAGUACCACACCGACCUCGAGAAGGCGAUGCGCGCCUACAUCGCGACGCACCGCAACGAGUUUGUCGAGGAGGGCCACGACCCGGACGACGACGAGUCGGACCUCGACUCGGUCGACGGCCUCGUCGCGACCGCAUCUGCCACGGCCGAGGACGGCGUCGACGCGUCGGUCGCCGCCGAGCUCGCCUCUGUGCGCGAGCGCACGGGCCUCCUCGCCCCGCUGUGGAGCGCGCUCGAGCCCGUCUUUGAGCACCUCGCGCACCAGUCGCCCCAGUCGCUCCUCCUCGGCGCCGUCGUCGCCAUCCUCGUCCUGUCCAACCUGUGGACCCUGCGCACGGCGAGCCACGACGUGCACCCGGCCGAGCGCGCACGGCGACGCGUCGCUGCCGGCGAGACGUCGUCCGGGUCGGGCUCGGGCGCGCUCGGGCCUCUGCCGCCCGCCGUCGCUCCAGUCGGCGUCGUUCCCGCUCAGCAGGACCCGCAAGACGUCGCCAACGCCGUGCGCGACGUCCUGCACCACUACUUUGCCGCGCAGCAGCCGCAGGCGGUCCGGGCGUCGGGAGCUCUCGCGCCGACAGCUGCGCCCGUCGAGUUUGGCGGCGACGGUCGAGGCGCCGAGCAUGGGCACGUCGGUGCGCUUGCGCGCGAGCUUGAUGCGCUCGAGGCCAGGGUGAGGGCGCUCAAGGAGCAGUUGGGGGCAAUGCCUGGCGGCGCGACCGAGUGAGCGCGCGGUCGAGCGAGGCGAGCGUCGGCGGAGCGCGUUACCCUGUGUUUAGAGAGUCUCUGUCCCUCGUCGGUGCCGUCGUCGUCCAUUGUCCGCAGUCGCACUGUACUUUGUGUAGCUCGUUCUUCUCUGCAGACACUUUCUCUCU